AGGCAAACAUUGCUGCCCUCGCCCGCCCUGCCUCCUCCCUUCUCCUCCCCGUAAAAACUGCUGCGGACCCCGUGUUUCCCUGACCUCCCAGUGUCACCCUCCUGCUGCCACCCUCCCACCGUAACCCUCCUGCUGUCACCCUCUCGGCGUCACCCUCCUGCUGUCACCCUCUCGGCGUCACCCUCCUGCUGUCACCUCCCUGGUGUCACCCUCCCAGCGCAGAGCGACACGGUGUUAGCAGGAUGGCUGAUGCAGACACCUACCUGCGGCAGCCCUGGCGCACGGUGCACGGCAUCCCCAUGGUCUGCGCCUUCGCCCAGGACUGGGAGCGGAUUGACACCUUCCAGAGCCGUCCCGAGGACAUCGUGGUGGUCACCUUCCCCAAAUCCGGCACCACCUGGGUCACCGAGAUCGUGGACAUGAUCCUGCAAGGCGGCGACCCCGAGAAGUGCAAGCGGGACAUCAUCACCAAGAGGGUGCCCAUGCUGGAGUUCUCUGCCCUCGGGGAGAUGCCGGCAGGGACGGACCUGCUGGCCAACAUGCCCUCACCCCGCGUGGUGAAGACCCACCUGCCCACACAUAUCCUGCCCAAGUCCUUCUGGGAAAACGGCUGCAAGAUGAUAUACGUGGGGCGCAAUGCCAAGGACGUGGCUGUCUCCUACUACCACUUUGACCUGAUGAACAAGUUCCAGCCGCAUCCUGGGACGUGGGCCCAGUACCUGGAGAAGUUCAUGGCUGGCAGGGUGGCAUAUGGCUCCUGGUACGACCAUGUCAAGGACUACUGGGAGCGGAGGAAAGAUCACCCCAUCCUCUACCUCUUCUACGAGGACUUAAAGGAGGACCUCCGCCGGGAGAUUGCCAAGGUGGCCCGGUUCCUGGGACGGGAGCUGCCGGAGGCAGCGCUGGACGCUAUCACCCAACACACCUCCUUCGAGGCCAUGCGGGACAACCCCACCACCAACUACAGCAUGGUGCCCUCCCACCUCAUGGACCAGGGCAUCUCCCCCUUCAUGCGCAAAGGCACCACUGGAGACUGGAAGAACCACUUCACUGUGGCCCAGAGCGAGCGCUUUGACCAGGACUAUGUGCAGAAGAUGUCGGGUACCGACCUGCGCUUCCGCACCCAGAUUUGAGACAGCGCCGUCACAUGCCCCCCAGCUGCGCCCCACCAAUCCCACUCCCCAGCAGCAGCUCCAGCACUGCUCCCACAGGCCUGCAUCUCAACGGUUUUCCCACGCCGAGGGACUUUUGCAGAAAUAAAGAGUUUUAUUUCUGUGUCUUCCUCCCA